CGCCAUUUCUCAAAGCAAACAAAAACUAAUCAAAAUCUUUCUCUUUUUUAUCUUAUAUAUAUAUAUACUUACAUGUAUGUAAACCUUUCAUUUCUUUCUCACCGAUCUCUUUCAUGGCUUCCACUUCCCACGCCACCACCUCCACCGUCGCCACCAUGUCGCAACAGCCACCGCCAGCUUACCCCUCUGACUCAGCUUCACCCAACACAACUUUUGUCCAAGCCGACCCUUCAACGUUCAGGACAAUAGUUCAGAAACUAACUGGCGCACCCGACGACCCCGCGGCCCCGAAGCUCCCUGUAACUCACCCAAUCCACAACGUGGGUCCGAAAAGACCAGCAUUCAAGCUCCAUGAACGAAGACAAACAGCCAAAAAGCUCGAAAUCAAACUCAACAACAAACCCAACAACAGUAGCGUUAACCCGAACGGGAACUACGAGCUCUGUUUCUUCAAGCAGCGUGGAAAUUCUUUCCUUGUGUCGCCCGUUUCGACCCUGGAGUUUCUUUCGCGCGUGAGCCCGAGAUCGCCGAUGGAGGAGGUGCACGCGCGCGGCGGCAGUCCGAGGGAGCUGUGUGAGGAAGAAGAAGAGAGAGCCAUUGCUGAGAAAGGAUUUUACUUGCAUCCGAGUCCAUUGAGUACGCCGAGAGGAGCUGAGCCUGAACUUCUUCCACUGUUCCCGUUAAGUUCUCCAACAAGUAAUGAUGCUCAUUGUUCUUCUAAUUAGCUCAUCAUUAAUUGAGAUUAACUUAGAUUAUAUUAUAGCUUUAGUUACAUUGGAUUUGUUUUCUAAUUUGUAUUAAUUGUAUGU